AUGACGUUCGCGACGGCCGAGCUGGUGGCAGCGGCGGCGUUAUUGGCAGCGGGCGUCCCCGACGCGUCCGCACUCGCCUCGGAGAUGAUGGACGCGGCCAUAGACGAGUUAAUCGUCGCCGUCGUGACGUCCGCGGACGCGCCGCCGGCGGUGGUGCCGGCCGCCAUUGCCGUGGACAUUGCGGCCGCGGAGCUGGCUGCCAUUGCCGUGGAUGUCGCGGCCGCAGAGCUAGCCGCCAUCGCCGUGGUUGUUGCUGCAGCGGAGGUCAUCUCGGCAGCGCUGGUUGACGACGCGGCCGUUGUGGUUUCCGCCAUCGAGGACGAUGCCACGGAGGACGACGACGUGUAG